AUGACUACUACAAUUAUUAUCGGGACGCAAUGGGGUGAUGAGGGCAAGGGCAAGCUCACAGACAUAUUUUGCUCCAAGGCAGAUGUAGUAGCUCGCGCGGCUGGCGGCCAUAACGCCGGGCACGUUGUGCAGGCCAAUGGCAUCUAUCACAACUUUCGUCUCCUCCCCUCUGGCCUCAUGGUGCCCAAGUGCCUGGCUCUCAUCGGCACCGGCGUCGUGUUCCAUAUCCCCACCUUCCUCGAAGAACUUGCCGACAUUCAGGAAGAAGGAAUCAAGGAUGCCAGUGACCGUGUCUUUGUGUCGGACAGAUGCCAUGUCAACUUUGAUCUCCAUGCGGCGGUCGACACCGCCCAAGAAGAAGAGCUGCUCGGCAAGGCCGUCGGUUCCAUGCGGCGUGGAAUCGGGCCUUGCUAUAGCACCAAGGCUAUUCGAAGCGGUAUACGAGUUGCGGAAAUCUUCGACGAGGAGGCAUUUGAGGACAAGCUGCGACGACUGGCAGCUGGGUACCAGAAACGCUUUGGGGGCCUCCUAAAGUACGACGUUGAGGACGAGAUUGAGCGCUUCAAGAAAUAUCGAGUGGCGAUCCAAAAAUACGUGGUCGAUGGCGUGCUAUUCAUGGCCAAGGCCAAGGAGAGAGGCGCCAAUAUUGUUGUCGAGGGAAGUCAAGCUAUCCUGCUCGAUGUUGACUACGGCACGUACCCAUAUGUUACAAGCUCCAGCACAGGCUUAGGUGGUACCAUUUCCGGUCUUGGGCUCGGCAUCAGAGACAUCAAGGAGGUUAUUGGAGUCGUCAAAGCCUAUACGACUCGACUUGGUCUGGGAGGUUUCCCAACGGAGGAUGGCGGCGAGGUUGGAAAACACCUGCAAGAGUUGGGUGGCGAGUAUGCUGCGGUUAUUCGCCGCAAGCUGAGAUGUGGGUGGCUUGAUCUCGUGGCCUUGCGCUACUCUUGCAUGGUCAAUCAUUAUGACAGUCUCCAACUAAGCAAACUCGACGUUCUCAGCACGUUUGAGACGAUCAAAGUCGGCAUCGCAUAUCGAGACAAGGAGACCGGAAAAGAAAUUCCCUCUUUCCCAGCAGAUCACGCGGUGCUCGAGCGUGUGGAAGUUGUCUACGAUGAGUUGUCAGGCUGGAAUACCAGCAUUGCCAAAAUGCGCGAAUGGUCUGAGCUGCCCAAGGAAGCGCAUGAUUAUGUUGAGUACAUUGAACGGUUUGUUGGUACCAAGAUCAAAUGGAUUGGAACUGGCGCAGAGCGAGAGGAUAUAAUUACGCGGGCCUGA